AUGGCUGGUGGAAACUUUAUAAGUGCCGCCGGCGGUGGCGGAGACAAUCCAGAUGAGUACCCAGGGAAGCUAACAGUGUACGUAGCCAUGACUUGUAUCAUGGCAGCCAUGGGAGGCUUGAUCUUUGGCUACGACAUUGGAAUUUCAGGUGGAGUUACUUCCAUGGAUCCUUUUCUCAAACGCUUCUUCAUGUCUGUUUACCAAAAAGAGGCUUUGAACACCUCGACCAACCAGUACUGUAAGUUCGACAGCCAGUUGUUGACCCUUUUCACGUCUUCUCUCUACGUGGCUGCCCUGUUUGCGUCCAUUGUUGCUUCUCAUGUUAGUAAAAAACGUGGCAGAAAGGUUACUAUGGCCCUUGGAGGUCUCUUUUUCUUGAUAGGCGCCAUCCUCAACGCUGCUGCUAUCCAUAUUAGCAUGCUCAUCUUAGGUCGUAUUCUUUUGGGGAUUGGUGUCGGAUUUGCUAAUCAAUCUGUCCCUAUUUAUUUGUCAGAAGUUGCUCCCUACAAAUACAGAGGGACUUUCAACGUGUUAUUCCAAAUGGCCAUCACCAUUGGGAUUCUGAUAGCGAAUUUGGUCAACUUUGGAACUAGCAAAAUNAUGUGUUACGGUCUCCAUGAACAUGUUUUUCACAUUCGGAGUAGCACAAAUAUUCUUGAAGAUGCUAUGUGGGAUGAAGUUUGGUCUAUUUAUCUUCUUUGCGGCGUUUGUGUUAAUAAUGACUGUGUUUGUCUACUUGUACGUGCCGGAAACAAAGAAUAUACCAAUUGA